AUGUCUACAACAAUUAAUAAACGACAAAGUGAAUAUUCUACUUCAUCACAGAAUACAAAAAAAUUAAAACAAAAUAAUGAUGAAUCUGAAAUAAAAGAUGUUGUUUACAUUGUUAUUCGGGAAGAGAUCAACGAACAUUCUAUAAGUACAAUUUCAAUUCGUGGUGUUUAUAAACAUAAAAUAACAGCGAUUAAUGCAGCUAAAUGUGAUUUAACAGAUGAAUGGUCCCAAAGUUUUUUUGAUAAAUAUCGUUCAAUCAAAACAAAAGAUGGUUUAAUAAAAAUUAAAGCUAUUUGUCCUGAAGGUGAAAUAAUGAAAGUAUGGAUUGAAAAGAAGAUUAUAAAUACAGAUGAAGAUAGUGAAGAUGAGGAGAGUGACGAUAAUCAAAGAGAUGAAGAUAGUGAUGAUGAUCAAACAGAUGAAGAAGAUUAA